AUGUUAAUGGUACCGGAGAUCUCGAAGGGGGGAGAAGAGCCAGAGAAACAGAGCUCCAAGGCCCCGGAUCGGGAACCUCCCAGCAGGAUGGCUGACCUCUCUGAGCUCCUGAAGGAAGGGACCAAAGAAGCACAUGACCGGGCAGAAAACACCCAGUUUGUCAAGGACUUCUUGAAAGGCAACAUCAAGAAAGAGCUGUUUAAGCUGGCCACUACUGCACUUUACUUCACAUACUCAGCCCUCGAGGAGGAAAUGGACCGCAACCAGGACCAUCCAGCCUUCGCUCCCUUGUACUUCCCCAUGGAGCUGCACCGGAAGGAGGCGCUGAUUAAGGACAUGGAGUAUUUCUUUGGUGAGGACUGGGAGAAGCAGGUGCGGUGCUCUGAGGCCACCCGAAAGUAUGUGGAGCGGAUCCACUAUGUGGGGCAGAAUGAGCCGGAGCUGCUGGUGGCCCAUGCCUAUACUCGCUACAUGGGGGACCUCUCGGGGGGCCAGGUGCUUAAGAAGGUAGCCCAGAGGGCUCUGAAACUCCCCAGCACGGGAGAGGGGACCCAGUUUUACCAGUUUGAGAAUGUGGACAACGCGCAACAGUUCAAACAGUUCUACCGGGCCAGAAUGAAUGCCCUGGAUCUGAACCUGAAAACCAAAGAGAAGAUUGUGGAGGAGGCCAACAGGGCCUUUGAGUACAACAUGCAGGUAUUCAAUGAACUGGACCAGGCUGGCUCCUCGCUGGCCAGAGAGACCGUGGAGGAUGGGCUCCCCGUGCACAAUGGGAAAGGAGAUGUGCGUAAAUGCCCCUAUUACACUGACAACCAAGACAAAGGUGCCCUGGAGCAUAGAAGUUGUCCCUUCGGAAUAGCUCUGAUGACCAAGCCCAGCAUCCCGUUCAUUCUGGCUGCUAGUGUGGCUUUGGCUGCUGGCCUCUUGGCCUGGUACUACAUGUGA